AUACGCCAUUUUCGCAUUUUCACAUGCGAGAAUAGUGGAUGAACUGGAGGAGAAUGAAAUUCUACGAAAUCAUCCCUUCUUUUUCACAUAAAUUCGCGAAAGCCGAACAUAGUAGGCAUCGUUCGAAUAAGGGUCGUGGCAGUUUGUAGAGAACCGCCGGCAAAUGUUUGUAAACAAUAUCGACAGCAUUUCCAAUAUGGCUGAAAGUGCAUUUCAUAUGAUUGUUUCACCUGGUAUAUAUAUAUAGGUGCCUUGAUCCCAACGUUUCACAAACCAAACCUUCAGAUUCUAAACACAGAAAAUAGAAAUAUAAAUUCAUCCACUCGAACAAAUGGCUACAAAAACUAUGGGGAGUAAAACUCCAGUGACCGAAUUACAAGAGAUAUGUGUCUCGCGGAAGGCAGUUGCUCCUAUUUAUGAAAGCAUCAGCGAGGAACUGGAUGGCUCUUUGCCAAAUACAAAAAUUUUCAGGACCCAGGUUAAAGCUUUGGGUUAUACUUCAACAGGAUUGGGAAGGUCAAAAAAAGACUCAAAACAUGAUGCUGCAUUUAAGUUGUUGAAAAGACUACUUAAUAGCAAUGACAACGAAAUGGAUGUCGAUGAUCAACAUUUUUUGUCCGUUCUACAAUCAGAUAAGGUAACGGAAGUACGUGAUAUAUGUGUACAAAGAAAUUUUCCAGUUCCGGAAAUAAAUUGUGUUCGAACAUCGGGCCCCUCACAUGCACCAGAAUUUGAGUUCGAAUGUCGUAUCGAUACGAUUGUACGAAGAGGUGUCCACAAAACCAAAAAGGGAGCCAAGCAAGCAGCGUGCCAAGCAAUGAUAAAAACGUUACAGGCUAUGCCCGUCGAUGAAUCUAUUAUGCAGAUACAAUCUCUUGAUAAAGUUACAGAAAUGGCCGUAGAUGAAGAUGAGAAUACAAUUCGAACUUAUCGAGAAUACAAAAACUCUGACAUCAAGAAAAAAUUGGGAGUGAAAAUAUGUGACCGUCAUAAAUUUUUCGAAGAGUUAGAAAUGUCGAAAAUAGCAUCCGCAAGGCGCAUAUUUACAGAUGAAACCAUAAGCAUUGACGACAAAUGCACACUCAUGCCUAAAGCCUUAUCACUCAAGUACGAUAUGAAAUUAGAGGACAGCCAAUUACAGAAUGAAGAUGGUCAGAAGCUGUAUUGUUUCGAGUUGUUGAAUACCGAGUACGACUGUUUUAUUUUUGGCUUGAAAGAUGUAUUUUUCAAAAGAAUUUUCGAUUAUUUUAAAAACAUGUUAAAUUUUGAUCACAUAGGUUAAUUAUAGUAUUUUAAAUCGCGGCAAGCUAGAACCAAAACGUUUGGUUUUGGCAAAAUCCAUUUGUAGGCUGUAAAAUUUCACCAAGAAUCCAAGAUAUUGGUUGAGUUCUUUUCAACGAAUAAAUAACUGAAAGCAGCGUUUUGGUACUCUGAAGAAUAAAAUUGAAUCAAAGAAAUUUAGGUACUGUGAGAACAGUAUUAAUCCAAAAAAUAUUUUGCAAAAAUAAAAUAAACAAAUACCGUUAUAAGUGUAACUAUCGAAUAUUGUUAUACAACCUAUCAAUGAACUACAGUAAUCGUUCGCUAACUGGUCUGCUUUUUAACUGGGCGAACACUAACUGGUCCUUUUUUUAUUAAUCCGUUUAUUUUUACAGGCUCAGUUACAUAGGUUUAAAGGAGCCACGCUCUU